GCAACAUUGACGCACUCGAACAUGCACUGAUAAGAGUCAUAUGACUACUCACAGGCAGCAUUGUUUAGGGAAGUGUAUUCAAACAUCGACAGAAGACAACGUGGAUAAGAGAAAAUGCCAUUGACGAAAGCGAUAAUUGUCCCAGGAAAUGGAGCUGGAGAUGUAGAGCGGUGCAAUUGGUAUGGCUGGGCCAAAAAACAGAUAAAUAAGAUUCCGGAUAUGACCUGCCUGUUGAGAAACAUGCCUGACCCAGUGACAGCCAGAGAGAGCAUAUGGCUGCCAUUCAUGCAGGAGGAGCUCCAAUGUGAUGAGGAGACUGUCAUCAUUGGCCACAGCUCUGGGGCAGCUGCAGCCAUGAGGUAUGCAGAAACACACAAAGUGUUUGGCCUCAUUCUGGUGGGUGCCUAUACUUCCGACCUGGGAGAUGAGAAUGAGAGAGAGAGUGGAUAUUUUAGCCGGCCAUGGGAGUGGGAGCAAAUGAGAAGAAACGUUGGGCACAUUGUUCAGUUUGGCUCCACGGAUGACCCUUUCCUGCCUUGGAAGGAGCAGCAAGCUGUGGCCGAGGGCCUGGGCGCGGAGCUGCACAAGUACACAGAACGAGGACACUUCCAGAACACACAAUUCCCUGAGCUCAUUGACGCAGUGCGAAAGCUGAGAACAGCUGCUUAAAAAGCAGCAGAGUUGUCCACCAUUGGAAUAUGAGAAGCAAUGAGGACAAUGGCCCAAUUACAAUUCUCUGUUCAGUUGCUCCCUUCACUGUGUCCCUCUGGGGAAUCCUCAUGUGGACCCUUAUGAUUAAGAUGACGAUAUGCUGGAGAUUCCAAUUCAUCAAGUGUAGUUCACAAUGUCAUCAAUGUGCUUAAUUUUUGCUCCAUUACUUUGAGUGCUCUAUGGAAGACUCGCCAGUUUUGAUUCCCCUGGGUUUCCAUCAGUUUGUUGAUUCACACACAUAUGCACGUUUUACUGACAGCCGUGUUUCCAUCAAACUGGCUUCUUGCGAAUAAAAUACUGUGCGUAAUGACGUAGUGCAAGUAAAAAGAACUGUCAUAACCUUUUUAUAACUAAUAAAAAACAGAAGUUC